AGACUGAAAAAACUACUGAUCCAACAGAGAUAAUAAUGGAAGAAAAUGAAUUAACAGAGGUUACAAUACUUGAUAAAAGCGAACAAUCUCGUGUUCACUUCAGCGAAGAUGAUAUUACAUUAAAUGAAAAUGAUGCAAAAGAUCUACCAGAAAGUACGGAAAUAUUUGAUAAUGAAUUAUCAUCACCAAUCAAUCUUGUUCCUGAUGGAAAAUUAAGCAAUAUUAUUAUCAAAAAUGAAUGCUUUGGUGUAAUGCGUAAAAAUUUUAAUGUCCGAAAAAUGCAUACCGCUGUGAAAUUGAAUGAAUUAAUGCGAGAAAAAAGUCCAGAUGCUCAACUUGUCAUCGUUAAUUUACCUGGACCACCAGAACUUGGAAGUGGACAGUAUUAUAUGGAAUUUAUUGAAGCAUUAACGGAAGGUUUGCAGAGGAUUUUAUUGGUACGUGGUACCGGCACCGAAGUUGUCACCAUAUAUUCAUGAAAUUAACAAACACAUUGUUCUGUAUGACAAUAUAAGCAAAACUUUUAUGGUCAUAAAUUUAUGAUUAUUCAUAAAUUUUU